AAAUACAAAAUCAUAUAGAAAAAAAGGAAUGAUGAAGGCGGUAUCGAUUGAAUCUGGAGAAGCAUCAAAGGCUAUAGGUCAUGGAGUGAACAGAGGACUCUCUGUAUUCGAUCUCGUUCUGCGUGUCGUUGCAAUUGUUGGUACCUUAGCAGGGUCUGUGGCAAUGGGAACUGCUGAACAAACUCUUCCUUUUGUUACACAACUUGUGCAAUUUUCAGCUCAAUAUGAUGAUUUUGACUCAUUUAAGUUGUUCGUCAUUGUGAAUGCAAUAGUCUGUGCAUAUCUUGCUCUUUCUCUCCCAUUUUCCAUCUUUCAUAUUAUGAGGAGCAGAGCAGGAAAAAGUCGGAUAUUGCUCAUCUUCCUUGACGCGAUAAUGCUGGUUCUUCUCACAUCUGGAGCAUCUGCAGCAGCUGCCAUUGUGUAUUUAGCACAUACUGGAAACUCUUCAGCAAACUGGUUUUCAAUUUGUCAACAAUAUACUGAUUUCUGCCAACGAUCUGCUGGCUCACUCAUCGGCUCCUUUGGCGCGAUUGUGUGCCUUGUUCUCCUUAUCAUUUUCUCAGCUGUCGCGAUAUCCAGGCGAUAGAUGAGGCUUGAUUACAUCGGCUCGUUAGGCUUUUAUAGUUUCUGUAUCUCUUGUGUUUGACAUAUGACUAAAAUUUCAUGCCUUGGAUUUUGUAUGCAAUUCACUGCCAGACAGAGCCUGUUACUUAAAUCAAUAUGUUGUGUCUCUUAUUUAAU